ACUAGGCAACGGCCAGGGCCAGCAGCCUUCAGUCGGUAGCUGGCAGUAGAAGGAGGAGGAGCUCCGACUACAUUCUGUCCUUGUGCCUCUUGGACUUUUUUGUGUGUUUAGGUGCCCAAUGGGGAGCAAACUGACUUGCUGCCUGGGCCCCAGCGGGGGCCUCAACUGUGACUGCUGCAGGCCAGAUGUGGGACCCUGCCAUGAGUGUGAGAUUCCUGAGACUGUGGCAGCCGCAGCACCAGCAUCCACCACUGCAAAGCCUGCCAAAUUGGAUUUGAAAGCUAAGAAGGCCCAACUCAUGCAGUACCUCAACCUCCCGAAGACGCCGAAGAUGCCGAAGAUGCCCAAAGGUUUGGACGCCCACUCCAAGCGCUGGUUAAAAAUAAUAUGGAGACGGCACGGGAUUUGGCCUCUAGAAAAUAUAGGUCCCAUUGAAGAUGCGCAGGCGUCUGCACACGGCGGUGUGGAGGAGAAUAUGACAUCAGAUAUUGAAAUAUCUGAGGCCGAGCACGACCACCAUUUGGUCGAAGAUCUCAGUGAAAGCCUAUCUGUCUGUCUUGAAGACUUCAUGACAUCGGAUCUCAGUGAAAGCCUAUCUGUCUCUCUUGAAGACUUCAUGACAUCGGGUCUCAGUGAAAGCCAAUCUGUCUCUCUUGAAGACCUCAUGACACCAGAGAUGGCAAAGGAGAGAUAUGAAGAUUACCUCUGCUGGGUUAAGAUGGCACGGUCUCGGCUCAAUUAACCCAUCAGCUCCCAGGUUCAAGGACUUCUCCGGCUUUCGUGUUCCAAGUAGCUGGGAUUACGGACGCCUGCCAUCACGCCCAGCUUAAAUCAUUUUAUGAAUGCAUAUUUCCAUCUGGGUGAAAAAAAAAUCACAAGCCUCUCUCUCUUCCUACUGAGCACCUGUGAACAGUGACCUGCAGUUUGUGGCUGCAGCCAGUCCUCAUGGAGCCUGCUGUUCUUACAUUUCAUUCUGAGGCUCACAUUCUCAGUCACCAUGCAGGAGAACACCCGCCCCAUCCUGGGUCAUUACAGAAUGGGCCAACCCAUCUGCUGCAUCUGAGGAGCUGGGUCCAGCUUCUACGGUGAAUCCAUAUAUUUCUGUAUUUCCUGGAUAAGGAAGAGCAAAGGAGCUGAGCUGGUGGAGGAAGAAGAUCUAAUAUUAACUGACUCCUUAUUUUGUACCAGGCGGAGUCUCAUUCUGUCCCCCAGGCUGGAGUGCAGCGGCGCAACUGCAAGCUCCGCCUCCCGGGUUCACGCCAUUCUCCUGCCUCAGCCUCCCGAGUAGCUGGGACCACAGGCACCCGCCACCACGCCUGGCUAGUUUUUUGUAUUAUUUAUUUUUUUAGUAGAGACGGGGUUUCACCAUGUUAGCCAGGAUGGUCACGAUCUCCUGACCUUGUGAUUGCCCGCCUCAGCCUCCAAAAGUGCUGGCAUUACAGUUGUGAGCCACUCUGCCUGGCCAGGUAAGUAUAUUUUUUAAAAAACAGCUUUAUUGAGACAUAGUUGACAUGCAAAACAAUUUACCUAUUUAAUGUGGGUGAUUCAGUGUUUUUACAUUUACAGGGUUGUGCAAUCAUUGUUAGAAUCUAAUUUUAGAAUCUUUUCAUUCCCCCUUCGAAGAAACCCCAUAGCCAUUAGUAGUCACUUCUCUCUUUUCCCCAACCCCCAUAUCCCUGGCCCUAGGCAGCCACUCAUCUACUUCCUGUUUUUCUAGAUUUGCCUACUCUGGCAAUUUCCUUUUUUUUUAAAUUUAAUUUCUACUUUAAGUUCAGAGAUACAUGCGCAGGAUGUGCAGGUUUGUUACAUAAGUAAAAGUGUGGCAUGGUGGUUUGCUGCACCUGUCAACCCAUCACCUAGCUAUUAAGCCCUGCAUACAUUAGCUACUUAUCCCGACGCCCUCCCUCCUGCUUCAGCCCCCGAGAGCCCCACUGUGUAUUGUUCCCCUCUCUAACAUUGUACAUAUUCUAAUACUGCUCCCUUCCUAAUGGCAAAUCUAACUGAUGAGUCAAGGAAGAUUCUCUUGCCUGCUUUUGUCUGGAGAACCUCCCUGGCUUCAGGUUCCUGAUAGGUGUGAGGACCUGGGGUACGAUGUGAGAAACAGAUGGCUCACUGAAGAACUGUGAUCAUCUGCUAGGGUCCCUGGAAACAGCCAUAUCAUUUAGAUGGUGUGGGUUUGUGUGCAAAAGGGCUGGGAGGUAACUAGUAGUGAGUUAAUAUGUAGUGAUUGUGAGUGUGUUUGUCAAUGUGUGUUUCCCCCAGAAAAUGUGGACCCACAUGCACAACACAGUACAAGUGUCACUGUUUUUGAAUUCCUGGCCUAUAGUGAUCUUCUCACCUCGGCCUCCCGAGUCAUGUCAUCCGUCUAAUAGAAAGGAAGAAAAAAUCCCACCACCACCAUACACUUCACAUAAAUCACCUCUUUCCUCCCUCAUCACAGCUGUACUGGAAGGCCAGCUGAAUAUCCUACUUAGAUAUUGUGGGAUGGAGAGGGUACAGAAAAGAAUGAACCCAGAUUUUAACCUCCUGAAUGGAAGAGGCAAACAUGAACCCAGAAAUGGGUCCCAAUGUUGAUGCUCUGUGUUACUCAACUGUGUCACUCUGGCAUGAGAUAAGGUGUCCCCACACCAGGGAGUUCCAGCACUUAUGUGUACACUUGAAACUGUAAUGGCCUAUAAAGCAUGCCAAACAUUGCCCAUCAUCCAAGGGGGCCUCAGUGGUCACAUAACCCAGGGUAGCAAAAGAUACUGGAACAGCAGGCGUUAACAUGGGCAUUACUGUGAAACACACAUAGAAAGCCCACAGGCUUUUGGUCAGCUCACAGAUUCGGAGAAGGGUAAGAUACCACAUAGAACAGUACACAUCAGCAUCUGUUAGAGCUGGGGUCAUUCCUCAGCACUUGGUCAAAGCAGGGGAAUAUCAGGAAGAUAAUUGUAUUGUAUUUAAUAACAUGACCACCUCAAGCCUCAGAAAUGCUCCAAUCUAUAGGAGACAGACAAGGGCCAGUGCCACAUCAGAAUGCAGAGGACAACAUUGUUGUUAGCCUGGCACCCAUCACCCUCACUGGAGACCUCCUGCAUAGCUAGAGUAGUGAGGCUCAGCACUCACCAUGUGCUGACCCCCAUGAUGGACGUUUCAUUGCCGGGGGCUGGUGGGAACAUGAACAGCCACCGACUCAAUGGACGCACAGACAGUGUAAAGAAAGGGAAGACCAGAAAGAGAACUAUCACAGGGUUAGCACUCACUAUCUCUAAAUAAUAGGGAAAUGCAGCAUUUUAAGAGCUUUUUUUAUUUACUUGUCUUUGUAACAAAGGAUUAGUAAAGAUAUAAUACAAUUAUUUUGCCUACUGUUCUUUCAAUAAAUGAGUAGAGUGACAGUCAGUGCACUGGUGCUGCUUAGGAAUCCCACGAGGAGCCUUGGGGGAUGUGGACCGGGGCUGGAGCGUAUGGAGGUCGGUGGUUGACAAGCAGGGACUGAGCUGCUGCUGAGCCAUCCUCCUUGGUGGUGAAGGAAGGAAGGCAGAGAGGGGUGGAAAGAAAUGAUGACCGAGCCUUGGCUUUCCAACUAGGGGAACCUAGUCAAUGUGAAAUAGUCACCUAAAGAAUAGGUUAAUACAAAAAGACACAGUAACAACUUCAUUUAAGACAUAAAUAAGAAAUGUCACCUCUUGCUCAGCCUUUCUAUUCCUCACAGCAUUUGACUCAUCUGUAUACUUUACUCCUGCCACCUCUCUCCUUCACCAACCUUUUCUAGGAAAGGCCUCAGAGUUCAUCCUCCACAAGCCAUCUUUAGCAUAGAGAGUGGGGCAGGGCUUGUUCCUCUGAAGUUAGACCCUGGCCCAGCCACAUGUGACACUCAGUUGUGGUAGGAAGCUGGGAAGGAAAAAGCUAAUGACAUCUAACAAAUGUUAGAUAUCUUCAGAUAAUGUUACUAGAGAUAGGAAAUGCCAUGUUUAUGUGGAAACUCAGUCUCUCUUCACUUAGCCUAGUCAUAGUUUCUAUGUGCUCUGCUCAGGAAAUCCUGUAAAACGCAAAGGGUACAACAGGUUUGCUUGAGGGACUGAGCAUCAGGCUGAGCUCUUGGCUUCCUUCCUAGGAGGAUAAAGGGUAGGUCAAGCUUCACAAGGUUGGGGAAGACAAACUCAACACUGGGACAGGAGAAUCUCCAUCAUGCCCUGUUGAUGCUACUGUUGAAAUAGGUUUUUGUUUGCUUCUGAAAACCUUCACGCGCAGAAAGCCAAGGUAGUUGCUUUAAGUCAUGAUGAAUGUGAAUAAAAUGGACCACAUGAUGAUUUGAGGUUUCUUUUGGAGCAGGCAUUCUAUGGAAAUACAUUGCUUUUCAGUAGAAUUUGAUUGUCCUGUAUGUGUCAGUAUCUUUCAAUGAACAAAACAGAACAAUAAAACUGUUUGAUUUGGCAAUGUCA